GUUCUGGAACAAUGCCCACUGGUUACCAAGCUCUCAGGAGAGGCUGUGGAAGGGACUCCUGUUGAGCUGCCAGGGUGCUAAGAUGAGCCUGGCUGUCCGGAGGGCUGCCCAGUAGCCAUCUGGUACCAUUUCCCAGGUUUGAGGGAAGAAAUCAAGAGGUGGCACCAUGGGUGUCACGACAUCCCGGCCUUCGUGCACCUGCUGCAGCUGUUUCUCUGACUGUGGUGCCAGGCGUUUACUCAGGCUGUUGUACUUCUUCCAAUGGAAUAUUCAGUCUGUGGAAAGAGACCGAACACACCUUGAAGGCGAACCAAACACUAAAGUUGUGAAGGGCAUCGUGACCAGUUGCGGGAAUGAUUACGGCUGGAUUGAAGACUGUGUCUUCUUCAGCACUGACGUUGUAAUUGGUGCCAUGCCCCUGCAAGCUGGAGACAAAGUCCUUGCAUAUGUGGAGGAAGACCCAGUCUUGCAUGAAUUGAAAGCCAAAGAAGUUUGUAUUUGUUCAGAAGACAAUGUGCCUAAGGGAGCUGACUCCAAGAUCCAAGAUCUAUCGGCUUGUGUUUCCCAUGUGAAGAACGAUAUCAUCUACAUGGCUGAUGAAUACCACUUCCAUCUAGACAGCAUUACUAAAGCCAUCUUAGGGUUUACGCCUUACGAAGGGGACUGGCUAGAUAUCGAGUACUCUGUGGAGCAAGGAUCUUCAAAAAUCACAGUACACUCAGUGAAGGCCACAAAACGGAGGCGACUGGAAGAGGUGUGUGUGACCAGUAUCCACAGGAGAAAAGGAAUGUUGAACCACACCAUCUUCUUCACCUUCGACUCCCUGCACCUUCCUUUGGGAUACACCCCUCUCGUAGGCCACAUGGUCAACGUGGUGAUGGUUCAGAGCAUCCGGUCCAAUUACAACUGGAGAGCAAUCUCCAUGACCCCAGUUGAACAAGUCGUAGGGGUCACUGGCCCUGGGAAUCUCUCCUCAUUAUUUUCAUGCCAAUAGAGGGUCCCAGUCAACGCAAAUGCUUAAGUUAGGAAUUUUAAAGAACAUGUUAACCAUGAACUUCCAGGUCAAGAGCCCGCCUAGAUCCAACCAGACGGCAAGCAUCAGAGUGGCCAAUGGGCCAUCUUCCUCUACUAGACUGGGAACUUUCUAAUCGUCAUCUUCUGAAGAAUCCCAGAAAACCCCUUGCAGUGAUAGAUAACAAGGACCGAGUUCGUGUUGUUAUUUUUAAUAAAUGAAGUUUUUGAGCAGCA